CAAAUACCUGUAAUAUAAGGGGGAAAUGAUUUAUAUUUGUGACAUUUGUGAUUCUGUUAUACAGAGUAAAUUAUAACAGACUAACUGGUUGGUAUUCAUGAUUCUGACAAGACAGCACUAUAUAGUCAAGUGAAGACUGCGCAGCAACCAAAUCUUGUGAAUGAAGCUCAUGACACUCUUCUUAACUUUAGAACAUAUUGGUGGCAUUAAAAUAACACGCACAGAUGUCUGAGUGAGUUGAUCCUCGUUGCAAUGAUCAAAGUGAACUGACAAUGAGGAUUAGUUGGUCUACCUAUCCCUAUUGAUAAUGCACAAUGUAGGGCAAGUGCGGGUAUUUGCAUCCCCGCGGAAAUGGGAGUGUUCACACAAGUGGGCGUUCCGGAAGAAUAUGGACAUCGAUUCAGAGCGAGGACGGGUUGCAGUUUAGAUUCAGCGUCUAAUCCGUCUCUUCUCUCGUAACGCCUAUUCUACAGACACGCCUCAGUCUCCAAAAUUUGCAGCCACUCAUUGUAACUAUGGGAAGCAGCGGCAGCUAUUAGUAGGCGUGGGCUGUCAAUCAAACCGACCCGCCCCAACGCUUCUCAGACGGGAAGCAUACUGACCAUAACUUCUCCAGCAGCUAUGGAAUGGGACCUCUGUGGCAUCACGCAAUAUCAGCGAGAGACAAGCGGCCAAAAUAUGGACGAGAAUGUUGUUUCUCCUGCGACCGACAGCUGCUCGGACGGGGAGAGCAUCAACCUCAGCGUGCUCAACUGGGAGCAAGUGCAGCGGCUGGACGCCAUCCUCACCGGCUCCAUUCCCAUCCACGGCCGGUGGAGCUUCCCCACUCUGGAGGUGAAGCCACGGGAUAUCGUCAAGGUGGUCCGGAGCCGCAUGGAGGAGAAGCGGAUACAUGUCCGGGAGGUGCGACUGAACGGCUCCGCGGCCAGCUACGUGCUGCAUGAGGACAGCGGUCUAGGAUGGAAAGAUCUGGACUUAAUAUUCUGCGCCGACCUGAAAGGAGAGAUGGAGUUUCAGAUAGUGAAAGAUAUAGUUCUGGACUCUCUUCUAGACUUCUUGCCAGAGGGAGUGAACAAAGAAAAGAUCACACCAGUGACCUUAAAGGAGGCCUAUGUGCAAAAGAUGGUGAAAGUGUGCAAUGACUCAGACCGCUGGAGUCUCAUCUCACUCUCUAACAACCGUGGCAAGAACGUGGAGCUCAAGUUUGUGGACUCUCUUCGACGGCAGUUUGAGUUCAGCGUGGACUCUUUCCAGAUUCGCCUGGACUCACUUCUACUGUUUUAUGAGUGCUCGGAGCACCCGAUGGCUGCCACUUUCCACCCUACAAUCCUCGGGGAGAGUGUCUAUGGCGACUUCCCUACUGCCCUGGAUCACCUUCGCAAGCGCCUCAUCUGCACAAGGAGCCCCGAGGAGAUCCGAGGUGGGGGCUUGCUGAAGUACUGUCACUUGCUGGUGCGAGGUUUCCGUGCAGCCUCUGACACUGAGAUGAAACUGCUACAGCGAUACAUGUGCUCACGCUUCUUCAUAGACUUUCCUGAUGUGGGUGAGCAGAGGAGAAAGCUAGAGUCCUACUUGCAGAAUCACUUUGUGGACCUGGAGGACAGGAAGUAUGACUAUCUGGCUACGCUGUAUGAUGUGGUGCAGGAGAGCACGGUGUGCCUGAUGGGCCACGAGAGGCGCCAGACGCUCAGCCUCAUCUCGUCGCUGGCAUUGCGGGUCCUGGCUGAGCAGAACGCCAUCCCCAAUGCUGCCAAUGUCACCUGCUUCUACCAGCCGGCUCCUUAUGUCUCAAAUGGCAACUUCAGCAACUAUUAUGUAGCGCAGGUUCAGCCUGUCUACUCCUGUCCUCCCUCGCCUCCUCAGCAGUACCUUCCUCCUUCGCAACAUCCCAUGUAUGCCACUUGGUUACCCUGUAACUAAACUUUGUGUACAUUCAUGCACUUUUGUGUAACCGGUGGAGUUCAUGCACCCUUAAAAGGGAUGAGUCAAGAUCUUUUUUUAUUUCUUCUUUGAAAUGGAAAAUUGAGGGAAACGAGAGAAGGAAACACAGGAGUCAAAAUUAGACAAAGAGUGCAGAUAAAAGGAGAAGAAAGGAAGGAGUGGAAAUGAGGACAAGGAACCUGGAUCAAGGCAGUGGGCCAUGCAGGAGAGGGUUUUUCCCUAGGGUAGGGUGCCACAGCAGGAGGAGCUGAGCACACAGGGAGACAUGCCAAUGAGAGAGGCUGACCCAUCAGUUUUAGGGUUCUUGGUAGAGCAAACCGCAGGUUGAGCUCAGCCUUGGAGAGACCAAACAGUCUGGAUAUGAUGAUAUUUUCCUCGUGUGUUGAGAGUUGCAGCUCACAGAAACUGGCCACUCACAUUUCAAAUGAUGAACAUUUAAAAAACCCACAAACCUCCAAACAUUACAAACCAAAACAGACACUCACAUAAAGCCACAAGGAAUUAGAGAGAGAUACGAGGACAAAACAAAAUCCACAUGACGUCCUGAAGAUAUUGAUUCAUGGUCAAAUAACAGUGUUCUUCUGACCUUUCGAUGUGCACUGUUAUGUAGGACUCACA